AUGUUUCUCCUUACAACCAUGUCCGACCUGGUGCAGAUAGCGCCGGAAGACUUCUCGAAGCUGAGCUCUGUCGCUAUAGAGGACAACAUCAACGAGAAGUACGCUAACAAGGUCAUUCAGAAUGUCGGUCUCUGUAUCGCUUUUUACGAUCUACUCGAGUCGUCAGACGGCUUGAUCGGCCAUGGAACGGGUCUGGUUAACGUCAACGAAAGAUGGCUGAUAUUAGCAGUCAAAUUCCGGAUAAUCGUCUUUCGGCCGUUUAAGGGAGAAGUCAUCAUCGGGAAGAUCACCAAUGGAACAGAGCAAGGGAUAAAAAUCGGAGUCGAGUUCUUCAACGAUAUCAUCGUUCCGCCAGACCUCCUGCUGGAUGGUGCUAGAUUCGACAUGAAAGACCAGGUCUGGAUAUGGGACAACGGCGAGGGAGGCAUCUUCUACUUUGACGUUGGCGAGACGGUUCGCUUCCGGGUCGAACAGGAAGAAUGGCACGACCAAGUUCCUACUGCUCCAGACCUUCACGACGGCGUCGCAUUUCCGGACCGAAAACCACCUUACUCGAUUAUCGGCUCGAUGCAGGUUGCUGGCCUUGGCUUGGUGGCCUGGUGGUCCUGA